GAGGGUGGGGGCAAGAUGGCGGCGUCCCUGUGGCUGAGGCGGCUGCUGCGGGCCGGGCGCUCGGCGCUGGGCGCGGGGCUCUCCCUGCCCGCCCGGGCAGGCUGGAGGCACCUGCACGGCACCCGGGAGCUGCUGGGUACCCCUGGUAUUAAAGUUCUUAUGCCUGCACUUUCUCCAACAAUGGAAGAAGGAAACAUUGUGAAAUGGUUAAAAAAGGAAGGUGACACAGUGAAUGUUGGAGAUGCACUGUGUGAAAUUGAAACGGACAAAGCAGUGGUUACCAUGGAAUCAAGUGAUGAAGGCGUGUUGGCUAAAAUACUGGUGGAAGAAGGAAGCAAAAAUGUUCGCUUGGGCUCACUAAUUGGUCUGCUGGUAGAAGAAGGACAGGACUGGAAGCAAGUUGAAAUACCAGCUGAUGCUGGUGUUCCAUCUUCUGUGGCUCCACCAGCACCUGCCCCAGCUCCUGCAGCUCCUUCAGUUUCAGCCCCUCCUAAACUACAACAUCAACCUGGGACAAUGCAGGUUCGCUUAAGUCCUGCAGCUCGCAACAUUCUGGAGACACAUGGACUAGAUCCAAGCAAUGUUACACCUACUGGGCCUCGAGGAAUCUUCACUAAAGAGGAUGCUCUCAAACUUCUGCAAGAGAAGCAGAAAGGUAAACCCAGUGAAUUGAAACCUGUGGUUUCUCCAGCUCCUGCUGCAGUGCCUUCUCCUUCACAAGCAACAGCCGUGACUUCUUAUCCAAGGCCAGCAAUUCCACCAGUUUCCACACCAGGACAGCCUGCUGCACUGGGUACAUUCACAGAAAUCCCAGCUAGCAACAUCCGAAGAGUUAUUGCUAAGAGAUUAACAGAGUCUAAAACCACCAUACCUCAUGCAUAUGCUGCUGCUGACUGUGUCAUUGAUGCUGUUUUGAAAUUAAGAAAAGAAUUGGCCAAAGAUGACAUUAAAGUAUCUGUAAAUGAUUUUAUUAUCAAGGCAACAGCAGUUACUCUGAAGCAAAUGCCAGAUGUGAAUGUAACGUGGGAUGGGGAAGCCUGCAGGCGGCUGCAGUCCAUUGACAUCUCCAUUGCCGUGGCAACGGACCGAGGGCUCAUUACGCCCAUCAUAAAAGAUGCUGCUGCCAAGGGAAUAAAGGAAAUUGCUGCCUCUGCAAAGGCACUAGCAAAGAAGGCCAGAGAUGGAAAACUGUUACCAGAAGAGUACCAGGGAGGAUCUUUUAGUAUCUCCAAUCUGGGCAUGUUUGGCAUCAGUGGUUUCACAGCAGUCAUAAACCCUCCUCAGGCCUGCAUCCUCGCUGUGGGCCGAGCAAGGCCAGAGCUCAGGAUCGUGGAAGAUGAAGAAGGGAAUGAGAAACUUGAACAGCAUCAACUCAUGACAGUGACUCUUUCGAGUGAUGGUCGAGUGGUGGAUGAUGAACUGGCUUCAAAGUUUCUGGAGACCUUGAAAGCCAAUAUAGAGAAUCCAAUGCGACUGGCCUUAAAUUAAACCCAGUGAAGAUUGCUUCCUGUUUUGACAAUAUAGAUAACUAUUAUUUACUUAAGGUUGUUUUCUGUAUAGAGGAGUAAAUAGCUGAAGACGGACAGUUAAGACUAUUUAAUUUAUUAAUUAAUGUGAAACACUCAUGGUUUUAGUCUUCUGUAAUAGCCAGGUUUCCUACUGUAAAGCUAAAAGACUUUAAAGUUAACAAACCACAUUUCUUUAAACAUAUAGUAUCAAUGAUACUUAUUUGCUUAGGAAAGUCAAUCUCAUCUGUAAAAAAAUUCAAUAAAACUUUAUGAAAUAUAAAAGGGAAUAAUAGAAUAAUUUUGGUUGAAAGGGACCUUUAAAGGUCAUGUAGUCCAGCUUCUCCUGCAAUGAACAUGGAUGUCUUCUGAGACCCACCCACCCUCACCUUGAAUGUUUCCAGAGAUGGGGGAUCUUCUGCCUCUCUGGGCAUCCUGUUCUGUCUUUUACAACCCUCACUGUAAAAAUCUUCCUUACAUAUAGUUUGAAUCUGCCCACUUUCAAUUUAAAAUUACUCCUUCUCCUACUGCAACAGGCCCUGCUAAAAAGUUUGUUCCAAUCUUUCUUAAAAGCCUCCUUUAAGUUUUGAAAAAAACAGAACUUAAUUGUGCAAGCAGUGUUCUCAUAGAGGUCCCAGUACGAAAGGUCAAAUUUUGCACACUGAAUAGUUGCUGAUUAAUGCUGUUCUUUGCAUGGAUGGAAUGUAGAUGUAAGUAGAAAGUGUUUCAUCAUCGGUGUAUAUUGAAACAUAACUUGGAGGCUGAAAUGCAGUGGCCUGAACUUUAAAUUAACAGAAUCAGAUUGGUGUAUUUCUUACGUAUAAAUAUGGAACCACAUAUUGCAUGUAAAUGUGUGAAUUUACUGUGUUUACAGGACCUCAUGAGAAUAUAAAUUGUCAAUUGAAUUAUGGGAAUUUGUCUUUUUCUGGUUUGUGCAACUACUUUUUCCUAAUGCUUUGUAGGAAUUAAUUAUGGCAACAGCUCAACAAGUAAGCAGCUACUUGCAAGACAAACUUUACUUAACACUGAGGUGAGAGUUUUUGCUAAAUGAGUUUGCUUUUUUACCUUCUUCUGAUAUCAUAAAUUUCACAAACUAUUAGUUCGAUUGUUGGGAGAGAUUUUGGAUUACCAGAUAUAGUUUACUGUGCAUGAAUGGACAUAACCAGUCUGUAUUUCCAAGAGUUUUUUACUGGUAAACCAUAUUAAAAAUUGGUUCUUGAGGAUUUAUUUGCAAUUUGGAAUGGUUGACUUCCAAUUUUUCCAAAGCUGUUUGUCAACCUCGUAUUGCUGUCAAAAAAAAGGACCAAUUUCUAUAUUGUCCUUAAUGUGUAAGAAGCUCUCAUCAUUUGCUCCACCUGCUCUGCCCAGGAUAUUUUUCAGGCCAACUAUAAAUCUGAUUUCCUGCUUUUCAGUAGUGCUGGUGUUGCUGCAGUGGUGCUGGUUUCCCUGGCAUCCCUCGGUGGUGCUCCUGCAGGUGAGGGCUGCAUGGCUGCUCUCUCUGUGCCCUGCAGUUCUGCGUGUGCUGCGAUCCCUUCGUGCGAGCCGCUGCUUUUCCUGCACCCUCGGAGCCACUGGAAGGCGCUGUUGCAUGUAAGGAUGGGAUGGCAUAGGAUGUGUGUCCCUUCUCACCCAUGUGAGCGCUCACAUCCAUUGUGCUGUCCCAGGUAGCUCCUCCAGGUUCAAUAAACUUGGAGCUUCAGAACUGGGCAAGGCUAAUACAAGCUUGAAUUGCAGUUUCUUUGCACCUGCCUGCUUUGCCGGCUUUGUUACUUGAAGCAGAUGUAAUUGUCAGUCAUCAGCCUGUGAAGGAAAUGUGUGGAAUUCAGACAUGUGAUAGCAGUCAGAUCUCCUUAAUUCAGAGGAAAUUUACCCUUUGGCAACAUCUACCACUUGAGCAGAAUUGAGGCAACAAAUACCUGCCCAUACAGAUUAAGUAUUCAGUAUCUUCUUGAUUAUUUGGGAUAGGAACAAUGGGUAAAUUGCCAGAAAAUGAAUAAUUGGUAAUGGGUAGGCUUGCUUUUGAAGCAAAUUUUCCUCCAAGUAAAAUUUUCACAGAUGAAAAGUUUAGCUUUCUGUGUUUUAUUCUUUCAAAUGUCUUCUGACAGCCUAUUCUUCACAUACAAGAAAUUCAAUGAAGACAUCUGCUUUCUUGAGUAAUUUUUUUUAAAAAUGGAAUAUACUAAUAUGUGCUGGAAAUGCCUGCCUGUAGGAUACUUACUAUCUUUGUAUCAUUUCCCAUUGCAGGAGGCAUGAUAAGGAAAAAAAAAAAAGGUAGCUAUUUUGGUCUUUGUGAUUCUUGGCAAUUCUUGAAUUGUGUGUCACACUUUAAUCCCUAAUUCCAAUGUUAGAAUAUUGGACUUCUGGGGAUUUUUAUUUUCCUGCAAUAUGAAAUAAAAUUUCUGUAAUUUAUCUUCUUGCUUGAUGCUGUAUCCUGCACCUCAGGGUACAGUUGGCCCUUUUGGCUGCUAGGGCAUGCUGCUGACUCAUAUGCAGUGAUGUUCUAUUCUGUUUGUCUCUAAAAUGUUGAAGGAAUAGAAAGCAGAUUCUUCUAAGCCAGUAUAGCAGUUACAUCCAUAAUAGAUUAAACAGGAAAAAACCUGAUAAACUAAAAGUGUCUUUCAGCAUGUUCCUGAGUUUAGUAAAGUUUUGAACUUUAAACUUGGGAUUUCUUUCUCUGUAGUCAUGCUUGAGUGAAGCAGGAUCAAGGUAGCCUGCUAGAGAUGUGUAGAAACAUGUCCAAGAAACACAGAAACUUAGGAUUUGGGUGAAAUCACGUGUUGAUUAAACUGGGGUGAAAAUCACUGGAAGCUUGACAGACUACUUUGCAUGUUUACUUUACAAAAUCUGCAUCUUUCAUCUUUAUCAGCCAAAAACCAUCACUGUUUGAUUGAACUCAGUUUGCGCUCCUUUACUUUUACGUCAAUUUUGUUUCAACUUGUAAGUGUCAUGGUACAUAAUGGUACAGAUACAAUAACUAUACUGUUCUUCCCUUUCUCCAUAAUAACGGCCCUACCUGUCAAGUUAAAUAUUUGUGUCAUUAUGAGAAAAUAACCAGCUGGAAAAUGACGGACAUUUUUGUUUGUUCAGUACCUGUACUAGGGAGAAUGAUUCAUGCUGUGUUCAUGACUGCCACUAUUUAACUCCUUAAAAGAUAAGAGAACAAGAGAAGAUUCCAUUUUUUACUUUAGAAGUUUCUCUCGUGGUUUACACCUAGACAGGAAGAAAGGGCAGUGGUGAACAUUUUUAUUUCUACUCACUGUUGUAUGAAUGAUGAAUUUUUAGAGCAGCAGAUCUCUCCUGCAGUUUCAUGAUUUUUGCAUUGUCUAUAUGAUGUGCAUUACAGCACACUUUUCACUUUACUUUGCAGGAAUCUGAGCAAUUGAAGGAUACUCUCCAUUGACCUAGAUAUCAAUUAAUUCCUAUCUCAGUUGUCUAUUUUCAGAAAUAAUUAUGUUUUAUUUUGUAGCUUUGGUACACUUUUAAUUUCUUCUCUGCCAAAUAAAUUAUAAGCUUACAUAUCCGAAGAGGUCAUUGGCUCAUACAGAUGCUUCUACUUGCUGUAUCAUGUCCCAGUCUGCAUUAGCAGCAUGCACUGACUUUCUGGAGGUUUCAGCAGACAGCUACAUGCUGUUUCUUCCUCCUUGCCUGGAGAAUAGGAACUACCACAGAUCCCUGGGUUGAUCAGGAAAAGAACUCCUUUUACACUGCUGUAGUUUGAAACUUUUGGCUUACAGUGGGAAUUCAACCUGAUAUUUUGAGUGCAAUACGUUACUUGCUCGUUCUAGGAUACUAGGAAGGAAUUCUUCAGCACCUUUACUAUUCCUUUAAAAUACAAACAAUGCACAGAUUCAAAUGAAAGUAACAUUCAAAUUCCACCCUCCCUCCCCCAAGAGUAUUUAGAGAGAGAACUAAUUUGCAGUUAUUUUGGAGUCAAUUCAGAAGUUAAUUGUUGCAUCCAGGGAAAUUAAUCAGAUGUUUUAACACCAUACAUUUCCCUGUUGACAAAUACAUAGGAAUUACAGCUUUUUCAGGUAGGUUUGGAGUCUUUGUCCAUUCAUAUUUUUAACCUACUAUAACUAUCACAGUGUUCAAAGCAGGUGUCUUACUCAAGCUCAUAACAAGGACAACUGAGUGACUCCCAGGCUGGAAAAGAAGAAGAACUUCUGGAUAUGCAAAGUUACCUGAAACAAUGCUCUGAGGUACCUCCUUGGCUGUUACCCAUAUGUAUUUGUAUGCUCUCUGAGAGCUGCAGACAGAGGCCACAAACAAAGGGUCCAGGCCCUCUUACUGAAGUGAAUAGUACUCAUAGAAGAGGAGUGAUUAUUGAAAUUCACCUGUCAUGGCUGUCUCAAAUAUUAUUCACAUGGCUUAAAUUUCAAGUGUACUCUGAGCUGACAGAGGCACUUUAGCCAACGACUGCCUUGAAGCAGUUGCAGGAAGGCAUCUUUAAUUUUGAAGACAAUCCCUAUUGUGGAGGGUAGAAGAGAUGAAAGAAAGUCAAAAGAAAGGAGUCUUUUUCACCUGUACUUGAACAACGUUCUUUGUGUAGCAUUAUCUCUAUUUUAUUCAUUAUCAAGGAGUGCCUGGAUUUCUUUAAGCCAUAAAGUGUAAGCAGAUGAUCUGACUGGGUAAUUGUCAU